CUAUAUAUCAUGCACACAUAUAUACAACAAGACAUAUCACCAUAACUAUUUCAUUUACACAGAACCCAAACCAAGACAAUAUUUGAUCAAUUUAUCAAAUUCUCUCAACCCCUAGUCUAAACACAAAAAUGAACUCCAAUAGUUUCUUAAUCUCAGCAGCCUUAAUCUUCUCUCUACUAUCAUCAAAUUCUCCAACAUCGAUUCUUGCUCAAAUCAAUACACCAUGUUCACCAUCUAUGCUCUCUAGCGUUACAGGUUGCACGAGUUUUCUAACGGGAGGUGGUAGUUUUCCGACCUCAGAUUGUUGUGGGGCUCUUAAAUCGUUAACCGGAACCGGUAUGGACUGUUUGUGUCUGAUAGUAACCGCAGGUGUUCCAAUCAGUAUUCCUAUAAACCGAACUUUAGCCAUCUCUCUCCCUCGUGCAUGUGGCAUUCCUGGUGUCCCCGUUCAAUGCAAAGCUUCUGCAGCACCUCUCCCUACUCCAGGUCCUGCGUCUUUCGGUCCGACCACUUCUCCUACAGAUUCGCAAACUUCUGAUCCUGAAGGGUCUGCUUCUUUCCGUCCGCCCACUUCUCCGACAACUUCGCAAACUCCUAAUGACAAGGAUCUCAGCGGAUCGGGCAACGGAGGAGAUCCAAUGGGGUUUGCUCCACCUCCACCCUCGUCGUCGCCUUCCUCUUCGCACUCUCUCAAGCUUUCGUAUCUUCUAUUUGCUUUCGCCUUUACGAUUAUCAAAUUCAUCUAAUUAAAGAGCAAUACCAUACUAUAAAAGACGUUCUUUACGUUCAUAUUUUACCUGAUUCUUGUUAAAAUAAUGUUUUAGAGUUUUGUUGUAUUUGAUAGCCCUAUUAAUAAAACAGUUUCCUUAAUUUU